AUGGGGUCCAUUAAUAUGUCGGAGAUGGUGCCAACCGGCGUACAAUCACUCCAUCUGGCUUCCAGGAUGCAGGAGGAGAUGAUUCUGUCGACGGCAGCCGACCCUCUGCACCGCUCUUAUAUUGAAACCUACCACUUUCACACGCACCAGCGGGUGGAUGCGGUUCGCCUUAACGAUGCCGUUCAUCGAAUAGCCGACAACCACGCCAUAUUGCGGUCGAUCUUCACCAGUAGCGGUACCAGCGAGUCUGCCAAGGUGCAAAUCGCAGUGCUCAAGCCAGAGUACGUUCGACAACGGGCCCAACUGUUGGCUAUUGUGCCUUCGACAAACUCAAAGCAUCUGCCAGUCAUUGAGUUCGAAUUCGCUGACCUGGCCGCACUGGACGGAACUGAGUGGAAAGGGUCGAUGCCAUGGAAACUGUCACUGGCGGAGCUUCCGGACCGCGGCGAGUGGCGUAUCACCCUCAGCUACCACCACUCGCUGAUGGAUGGAUCGUCGGCGCGGUCUGUUAUGGCAUGGAUCCGUCAAGAGACGUCAUUCCCGGGGUCGGUAACUGAAACUUCUGACUUCUUCGAGAUGGACCGAGAGCUGGCGCCCUUGCGGUGCCAGUCGAUCCGGGCCGCUCUCGAGGGAAGCCUGCGCAACGUGAAUCCUCCGGCGCCGUUGGGCCAAAACAAGCAAAGCCCGUCAAUUCAAACGCACGAGAUCGUUCGCACCGUCUCGACUCAGUUCUCCGCUCGGUUAGACCAGGCGGCGGUUCCGGCGUGGGUGGCCCGUCUAGCCCUCAGUAUCACUCUGUGCACCUUUCAAAAUGCCAACGAAGCGGUGUUUUUGGAGAUGACGUCGGGCCGAAAGAACCUCAGCUCCAAUGUCAGGCACACCGUUGGGCCUACUCUUAUCCCGCAGAUUCGGACUGUCAGCCUCGGGGAGGACGAUUCACUGGGUUCAAAAGCCCAGUCCCUGCGCUCUUCGCGCGACAUCUCCCACGCAUUCAGUGUGGGCGAGCUCAAAUCGCUCGCCCCCACGUUGAGCCGGGAGAUUCAGGUCUGCCUCGUCUGUCAGACGAACGAGUCUUACCCAUCCAACGGUAUCGGAGACUGGGAAUGGAGAGGAGUCGACACCGAGAACGACCUGCCAUUCUUAGUCGAGCUAAUGCCCGGUCAGGGUACAUCCUUCCAUGUCAAGAUUCGGUACCAUCAGCCAACAUUUGAGCUGGGAUAUGCCCAGGAAUUCUUACGGUACUUCUGUCGAGCCCUACAGUGGCUUGAAGAAGUGAAUCGGGAAAUUGGCAACUGGACUUUGACCGCGGCCAUCACCAAACUCACUUCUCUGGGAAACUACGCGAAACAUUACACGGAGUUAUCGAAGAAGCCGUAUGUGCAGAAUGAUUCGUGUGCCCAUCAUCUUAUCGACGAGACCGCGGCAAAGUGGCCGAAGAAAAUCGCCCUGCAAUUCGAAAACGACGGCUUCGUGACUUACGCCGAGCUAGCUCGUCGCAGCACAGAGUUGGCCGACAUUCUCAGGGCUCAACUGCCCUCGGAAAUAUCACAGCCCCUCGUGCCCAUCUGUUUCGAUAAAAGUCUCGAGAUGGUGGUGACCAUCCUAGCGGUCCUCAAGGCCGGGGCCGCAUACGUACCGUUGGACCCGUCCCACCCCGAGGAGCGGUUGGAAGCCAUCCUCCGCUCUUGCAAGGCAUCAUUGGUGCUCUGGGGAUCAUUGCAGUGUCCAACCACCCUGAGCGCAGCCUGCAGCUCAUUAGGCGUCCAGUUGAAAACGAUCGACCAGCUCAUAUGCCUGGAUGCAGGGGCUCUAAAGGCAGACCGGCAACCUCAGCAGUCGGCGUCGUCUCUUGCGUACGUGCUUUUCACGUCCGGAUCCACCGGAACCCCGAAGGGCGUCAUGGUCGAGCAUCGGAAUUUAGUGGCCUUCAUGGUCGCCGGCGAGGGUAAUGCGGAUGGAUCGUGGACGUCGACCCGGUUGCAGCUAGCGGCCUACAGCUUCGAUGUGUCGAUUGGGGACCUGUUUGCCAACCUCUGGCAGGGCGGCCGGCUGGCUCUAGUGCCACGAGACAAGAUGCUUUCUGACUUGAAUUAUUGGCUCGAGGAGACUUGCUCUAGCCACAUUGCCCUAACACCCACCGUUGGCGAUUUAAUCUUGCCAAGCAUGCCGGCUCGCCUUAAAACCUUCAUGUUUGGCGGCGAGACCUUUCAUCGCAGCUUUUUGGCCCAGGCGCCGACUGAGGCGAAGGUCUGGAACACCUGCGGGCCAACGGAGACGGUGGUCGAUGUCGCCUGUUGCGUGCUCGAUCCAGCAAACCCCACGACCACCCCCAUUGGGCGUCCCUUCGGCGCCUGUAGCCUUUACAUUGUUCGACCAGGCACCAACGCAGUCCUCCCACCCCAAGCGGUCGGCGAAAUCUGCGUCGCUGGCCCCCAGGUCUCGCGCGGAUAUCUGGGACGAGAGGAUCUGACAGCGCGAGUAUUCAUUCCGGAUCCUUUCAGUCACUCGAGAAAGGGGAGGAUGUACCGCACGGGUGACUUUGGAAAGCUCGAUGCUGACGGGGCAGUGGAACAUUUGGGACGCAUUGAUAGUCAGGUUAAGUUGCGUGGACUGCGAGUAGAGACAGGGGAGGUCGAGGCCGUCAUCAAGCAGUCCAGCGCUGCUCUGGCCCAUGUAUGCGUAGAUGUCCACCAGUCCGUCUCAGGAGAAGACACUCUGGUCGCCUGGCUAGUCGCGUCAGGCGGACAGGAUGAUGAAGAUGCUCGCCAGGUUUGGAAACGGGACGUGCUGGUGGGUUGUCAACGGCGCCUGCCUGGAUAUAUGAUUCCGGCGGUCUGGAUUCUGGUCUCAGAGCUUCCGUUGACCACAAGCGCGAAGCUCCACCGACGAACACUCCAUGCAUGGUUUCAACAGACGGAGAAGGGGGUCUCUCUCGACGGCAUUGUCCCCUUAUCGGCACCAGAGCAACAGACAAGGACCCCGGUGAAGAUAGUGGCCACCGAGCGCGAGAGAACAUUAGCCGCCAAAUGCGCAGCUAUUCUGUCCAUUGACUCCGCUGAAAUUUCCAUGAAUUCGAAUUUCAUCUCAUUAGGGGGCAGCUCUCUCCAAGCAAUGCGCCUGAUCACUUCAUUGCGCCAAGAAGGGAUCGACUGCUCGUUGGCACGGGUACUCGGGCCUACGACUCUCGGUGAGCUUGCUGCGGAACCCUCAAGCGAGAAGAACGAGCCACAAGAUCUGGUGGAGGCUCGCAACUGGUCGUCAAAUAUCCAAGGCUGGGAAACCGCGGUCGGAAGCGUCGGGAUUGCUCCUGGCGCCGUCGAGGCUCUUUACCCGUGUACGCCCUUGCAGGAAGGGCUGAUCUCCACCAGCCUCCAAACGAACUCCUCGGCCUACGUGGCCAACAUGACCAUCGGCCUGGGAGAUGUACUAGACCAGCAGAGAUUCGAGAAAGCAUGGCAGGCAAUCGUUUCCCGUCACUCGAUUCUUCGCACAGCGUUCCUUUCGUCAAGUGGCGUUGAGGACUAUCGCGCGAGCGAGCACAAUUUCUUUCAGGUGGUUCUGCGCGCAUCGUCUGAACAAGUCAUUCGCCUGUCUGAUUUGAAAACCAAUGUCCUGAGUUUCCAGUUAGGCACCAUCCCUCUCUCCGGCAGGGUUGUCCGCGCAGCCGAAGGAGACUGGACUUUGCAAUUGGACAUGCACCAUGUCCUCUAUGACGAGGCGUAUCUUUCCAGACUGGUGACAGAGCUCUCUCUCGAGUAUGAGCAACAGACGUUGGGGAGCACUCUUGAUCAGCUAUCCCCAAGCUCUUCGUUCGCCAACUUUGCCAGUGCAUUACAUGCGCGUGACUCGGACAAUACAAGACAAUUUUGGAAAUCAUAUCUAGACGGCAUGGUUCCGGCGACAUGGCCAAUUGCCGGUGGACUCCACACCACGGACGCAGGAAAGGGUGCUGUCGAACGGCGUUCACAAGAAUGGAAGGGUGAUGUUCGCCGUCUCGCGCGCAGCCUGCAAGUGACGCCGGCCGCAGUUAUUCGUGCAGCAUUAGCAAUUACGAUCGCCGAACACUCCGAUGUAGAGGAUGUUGUCAUUGGCGAGGUCUCGAGUGGGAGGAUGGACCAUGAGUCGUUUGUCCUGGGACCUUGCGCCGCGACACAUCCGGUGCGUAUCCAUGUCGACCGGAGUUCCCCGUCGUUACAAGACGUGGCAUCUAGAGCGUUGGAAAGCUAUCUGAAAGUUUUGCCCCAUCAACAUUAUGGACUAGCCAGCAUUCGCAAAGAGACAAGCAACCCAGAUAUGAUGCCGUUCCAGACCCUCUUCGUGCACCAAGAGGCUUAUGACAAGAGCUUUCAGAGUGACAAGACUUUCAAGCUCGAGUCCAUUGAGCUGGGUAACCUCGGUUUCCCACUAGUGGUCGAAUCCAGAAGCUCGCAUGAGACUGGAAUUAUCACCAUAGAAUGCUCGUUUAAUCACACCAAGAUUUCUUCAACAAACGUGGAAUGGGUCCUGCGGCAUUUAUCCAGGGCUCUGGAUCUCCUGUUAAUUGCCAAGGAGACAGAGAGCUCAAACGACCUCCCAAUGGGCAUUUUGGAUAAGAAUGAGGAAAAGAUUCUUGUCGAAUGGUCAAUUAAGCCCGAUGAUCCCUUGAUCAUGAGCCAGGCGGCGGCCGAGAAGCUGUGUAUCCAUGAGCUGGCAGACAAACAGGCGCACGAAACUCCAGAGAAAGUCGCGGUGCAAGUUGAUCAAGAAGAGUUCAUCACAUUCCGCCAACUCAAGGAGCAGUCGGAUAAGGUCGCGCAUGCUUUGACAGGCCGACUAGAAGAUACAUAUUCGGACCUUUCCGUUGAUCGUCAGCCCAUCGUGCCCAUCUGCUUCGACAAAAGUGCCGCCAUGAUCAUUGCCAUGUUAGCCGUGCUCAAAUCUGGGUCUGCCUGGGUUCCGAUUGAUCCUAGGCAUCCUCGAGACCGGAUCGAAAGCAUUAUUCACCAGACAGAUGCUAGGCUCAUCGUCUGCGGGCCGACUGCCGUCCGCGUGAAUUUGCAGGAGGCCGCAGACUCCAGGGGUGCGGUGGCUAUUGACCUCAACGACCUUAUACGAUCCCGUGGGAUAGCUCGAGCACCAUUCCGACGGCCAACGCCGUCGUCUCUGGCUUACAUUUUGUUCACAUCUGGAUCCACCGGGACGCCAAAGGGGGUCAUGCUGGAGCAUCGCAACGCAGUUGCAUUCGUAUUGGCACAGGAGCAGGACCUGAUGGGGACAUGGACAUCGGUGCGCUUUCAGCUAGCAGUCUAUACGUUCGAUGCAGCCGUAUGGGAGAUAUUCAUGCCGCUGUCCAUCGGAGGACGUGUUGCCCUGGCCACGGCGCCAGACUUCUUAUUGACGCUGCCGGAAUGGUUUGAACGGACGAGCACGACGCAUAUUUUUAUCACGCCUCGCGCCGCUGACCUACUGGCUGACAGGGUCCCGCCAUACCUGCGCACUUUAGCUAUUGGCGGCGAGGCCUUCAAUCUUUCUAUUCUGCCACGGUUGCCCCAAGAAUGUCGGAUCCUCAAUGUCUUUGGCCCAACUGAGACAACAAUUUUAGUCGCAACAUUCCUCGUGCCGCGCGAGGACAUGGAACGACAAAACAUGCCUAUUGGUAGACCCCUUGGUGCGUCUCAAAUUUACAUUCUCCGACCUGGAACCACGAACCGGGUGGUCAUUGGUGCGGUAGGAGAAAUCUGCGUUGGAGGUCCGCAGGUCGCCCGAGGAUACCUCGGUCGUCCCACAACGACCAAAGAAGUCUUUGUUGAGAACCCUUAUCGACCUGGAGAGCGGCUCUAUCGAACUGGCGAUCUUGGGCGCUUUUCUGACCGGGGAGUGGUAGAGCACCUCGGCCGAAUAGACGGCCAAAUCAAGCUCCGAGGGCUGCGCAUUGAAACCGCAGAGAUAGAGUCGGUGUGCCUUCGUCAUCCUCAAGUGAACGCUUGCGUGGUAAUUGUGCUGAGCCGAGCAGAAGGGGAUGUCCUGGUUGGUUUCGCGCAGAUCGGCGACUCUCAAGGCGCGGUCAACUCGCCGAAGUGGGCCGCGAUUGAAAAAGAGUUGAAUAACUUGCUCGGCGACAACGUUCCAGGAUAUAUGAUUCCAUCGAGGAUAAUCGGAAGCGACCAGAUUCCGAUAACGUCCCAUGGCAAAGUCGAUCGGCGCGCCUUGCAGGCCCAGGCGAAGGCGCUCGAUCAACAAGGACACCUACUGCGAGCAGAUCUCGGCGCUAAUACUACGCUGGUCAAGGGGAGCUUAGAGGAUCGAGUAGCGGAGGUGUGGUCUCGAGCUCUUGGAAUCGAAAAAGCACUCAUAAGUCCAGAUGUGGGCUUCGCUCGCCUGGGCGGUGAUUCUAUUCGUGCCAUCCGUCUCCUUUCAAUGCUGCGAGCUGCGGGUUUCGACCUGAACAUCGUCGACGUGAGCAACCAGUCAACUGUCAGUACUCAAGCACAAAAGGCAUCGGUCAAUCAAAGACGGCCAUCCAGUCAGCCCGCAGUCAUUCCGGACGACCCGGCCGAGAUGGGCUGGGUGGAACUAGGUCCCAUCGCUUCAAUGUAUGGCGACCUUCAGCAGCGGGCCGGCAAUUCACAUGACAAUGAUAUCAAUCAUUUCAAUCAAUCCAUGCUUCUUGAUGUCACCGGUGUUCCGAUAAAGAGCCUGCAGUCUGCAUUACACGGCAUCCAAAGGCACCAUGAUAUGCUUCGCGUCGUGGUGGACUGGGGCUUUGACUCCCCCGUCAGCUCGUGGAGAAUGAAAGUCUUACCGUGGAGCCAGGCAACGCCAGUCAUUCUAUUACCGACGAGGCUGGUGACAAGAGAUAUUCUGCGAUUACAGCUUUCAGCCCGUGUUCGUGGUCUGGAUAUCCGUCAGGGGAAGGUGAUGGACGCGGCCCUCUACCAGGAGCAUGGAUCUGAGAGGACAUUGCUUUUCUGGACAAUCCACCACUUUGUGGUAGACAUUGUCUCAUGGCAGCUGUUGCUUCAGGAUCUGAACACAAUUCUCAGAGCUACCGAUAAGCAAGCGUCUCUCCAACCUACACUGACCAGCUUUCCGAAAUGGACGUUGGCUGGCAAGGCAGAUUCUUUGGACGACGCAAAUCCCGCACAAAGUGGCCACAGGAGAAUUCUUAGCAAACGAGACCAGGUUAUGAUGGAGGAUUCGCCUCUGUGGUUGCGAAACCCAUCCUGCGCAAAGGCUGACUCCUACAUCCAAAUCAAAUCCUCUGCCAGGAUCGAUGGAAUGCUCACCCAGUUCUUGCUAGGUUCUGCCAACGAUAUAUUUGGGACAGAACCACUAGACCUUCUACUCACGGCAAUGGGAAUGACGGUCGGCCGAUUGUUGAAAGAUGAGAUAGGCCAGCUGGAAGUAGGAUUGGAGACGCAUGGUAGACAUGUCCGGCACGAUACUAUGGACGUCUCCCGGACAGUCGGUUGGUUCACGGCUAUCCUUCCUCUGCUGCUGGACUGCACCAGCAACUCGUCCUCCAUCGAGAAACUGGUGCGUCAUACAAAAGACCGCCGUGCCCAGAUCAUGCAUCAGAAUAUGGGGUUUCGGCAAUUUGUUGAUGGUCGAUGGAAAAACCAAAACCCAACAGAAGGCCCCUUUUCACUCGUGUUGAACUAUCAGGGUAUCCGAGAGGAGCAAGCAUGUACCAGUGAUGAAACAGUGAGACCAGCGACGGUACCGGGAGUAGAAUGGCAAGAAACGUCCGAGAAUGCCGUUCCCCUGUCCUUCGCUUGGAUAGAGGUAUACGUCCAGGGAAAAGAGACCCACGUCGAGUGCAGCUGGCCCGGAGAGCCAGGGUUCGAGAUUGAUGAUGUCGCCGCUGUCUUUGCUGGUCAGGUAGAAAAAGUCUGUCAAGCUCUGAAUUCACAUCCCCAGGGACUCUCCCCCCUGAUUGCCUGCUCGUCAUCCUCUGCCUUUGGUUUGAUAUCCGAAGAUUUUGUCGAUCGAAUCUACGAGUUAUUUGAGAAAGACGGGAUUCCCACUCACACAGAGCUGGAAGACAUCGUGCCCUGUACUCCAAUGCAGAGGGCGCUGAUAUUUGAAGGCCUUGCAAAUUCAGCAGCGUGUUCUUAUAUUACAUCCCGUGUCUGGAAGCUUGCUUCUGGGGAAGCUUCCAUUACCCGAGCCAGGAAGGCUGUGACAUCCCUGGUCCGUCGCCAUGAGGUUCUGCGCACACGUUCCUUCGUUGAUACCCUUGAGGGUCCGAUCAAUCUCGUAUUCAAGCCCAAUGAGAGAACCAUGUCUCGGACAAUUGAAACAGUUGAAGUUCGUGAUUCGACACAGGUAGCAGCCGAGGUCGACAGAAUCACGAACGACUCACAGGCAGGCCACCCCCUCAUUAAACCUUUCUGUGCUCGUAUCGUGUACUCGGCAGACCUCCAGAACGUGCAGCUAUCAUGGCGGCUUCAUCAUAGCUUGGUGGACGCGUGGAGCCAGGACAUCAUCUUCAACGAACUAGUCCUGCUAUUGGUGGAGGCCGAACCUGAGGCGAGUAUGACACCCAGGCCCUCAUACGGUUCAUUUGCGCGCUUCAUCUCCACAGCAGACUUUUCCGAGGACUCGAAAUUCUGGGCACAGAGCUUCGCCAAUUAUGAUCCGGCUCCUAUCCCCGCUUCAAUCCUGGCUCCGAACCCCGAGACGGCGGAUGCAAUUGUGAUAGAGCAAGUCUGUGGCUUUCAAAGCCUCCUAAACUGGGGCGUGUCGCCCGGAGCACUGCUCUCGCUAGCGUGGAGUGUUGUCCUUUCUGAGGUUCUAGACUCUGACGAUGUGACCCAUGGAAUGCUGUUCUCUGGGAGAAACGUCCCAGUUCUCGGUGUCGAGGAUAUCGUUGGCCCUUGUAUAACAACCGUUCCUAUUCGCACACACAUCCAGAGACAUCAAUCAGUCACCACAGCACUUCGUCAGACCGAGAGAUUCCUACAAGACGCUAGCAAACACAGCAAGAUUGGGGUGGCGGGCGCAGCCAAAGCAUCAGGUACUGAGGCUUCAAGUCUUGUGACGACAUUGUUGAACUUUUUUGGUACUCGGACAGAUGCUUUGGAAGAUAGCCGCCUUCGAUCUGUGCUGGAGGCACGUCUAGUUGAGGACGGAGUUCCACCCUCUGUGACCCUCUCCUGUUGGAGGCGUGAGUCCGACGAGAACGUGAUUGUAAUGCGCUUGGAGCAGCGACACCUCCUGGAACCAUGCCUUGCACAGCGAUUGAUGAACCGGUUAGCGGCGUACUGUCAUAAUUUUAGCAGUGUUCCUGACGCCACGUUGCAGCAGGCGAUAGCUUCGGCCACUGAUGAGCAAUCAUUCCUCAAUACAUGGAGUCUCUCGUCCGCCCCGGCGCCUUCGAAGAAGACCUACGCCUGUCUUCAUGAUCUCGUUGCAAACCAAGCACGUGAAUUUCCCCAGAAAGUUGCAUUGCAAUUUGAAGAAUCGGAAUUCGUAACAUAUGAAGAUCUGGACCAGCGAACGACUAGUUUGGCCAGAUCAAUUCGACAAACACACGGACUCCCAUCGCCAUCACAGCAGCCAGUCAUUCCCAUCUGCUUCGACAGAAGCAUGGACAUGGUCAUUGCCAUCCUGGCGGUUCUUAAGGCUGGUGCUGCGUUUGUACCUAUAAAUGCUUCCGACCCAGCAGGGCGUCUCAAGUCAAUUAUCCGGACAAGUAACGCCCCUUUCAUUAUUGGGAGUCAUGUUCAAGGUCAAGAAACACUGCAAGACGUGGCCCGUGAGACAGCCACAAACAUAUAUACCAUCAAGCAAUUACUCACCAUGCCAUCCACCGUGGAAUUACCGGCGCAAGACAGCGGCUCGCUGGCAUAUGUUCUCUUCACCUCGGGCUCGACAGGGGAGCCGAAAGGGGUGAUGAUCGAACAUCGCAACGUCACCUCGUUCAUUGCCUCCAACCACGAAGAAAUAAUCGGCCGUUGGUCAGCUUGCCGGAUGCCCGUCGCGGCGUACACGUUUGAUGUUUCCAUGGGAGACCUGUUAACCGGAUUGGCUGUUGGGGCCCGAGUCGCCCUGGUCCAGAGCCAAAAGUUAUUAGCCUCGAUGGCGGAAUGGGGCAACAAAGUCCUCGCGACAACCCUCUCAAUGACUCCAAGUUUGGCCUCCUUGUUGAGGACGGCUGUUCCAGCAUACUUGCAAACUCUGCUCCUUGCUGGAGAAACCUUUGAUCCGGCCAUCAUGCAAGUGAUGAAAGACGAGUGUCGUGUCUGGAACGGCUAUGGACCGACGGAAACUUUCUAUGCCACUUUCUACCGCGUCGAAGAAAGUGAGAAUCGGGGAUUCAUUCCCAUCGGGAGACCCUUCCACGGAAAUCGCAUCUAUCUUCUGUAUCCUGAAACCUUGGAGCGUGUGCCUAUUGGCGCCGUCGGUGAAAUCUGCGUAUGUGGUACUCAAGUAGCGCGUGGCUACCUCGCGCGACCUGAAUUGACCGCAGAGCGAUUCACUAGUGAUCCGUUUGACAGCCAUGGGAUCAUGUAUCGAACUGGAGACCUAGGCCGCUUCCACGCCGAUGGGUCAAUCGAAUUCCUGGGUCGACUGGAUGGCCAGGUAAAAAUCCGUGGUCAGCGAGCAGAAACGGCAGAGAUUGAGUCUGUAAUCAGCAGUUCUUCUGAACGAAUAACUCGCACAGCUGUCGAUAUUAUGCGGCCCCAGAAAAACAGCUUAAAAGUUCAUCUGACUGCCUGCAUCGUUCUAUCUCCAAAAUUAGAAGAAUUGGAGGCAGCCGAGCUUGUGAAAUCUGUUGUCAAGCCGGUAUGCCAUCACCGGCUCCAAUCCUACAUGGUGCCGUUGACAUGGAUCUGUUUGGAUGAACUCCCCCUCACAGCGAGUGGUAAAACAGACAAGCGGAAAUUAGCCUCGUGGAUUGAAAAUAUUCAAAAUGGGGAAGAAGUACAAGGGGGAUGGAUCAUAUCAUCCAAGCCUCUCAAGCCUGUACAUGAGGGGCGAAAUAACAUUCAACCUCCGGCGAAUGAACUUGAAAUGAUGAUACAAGAGGCAUGCGCGAGUCUCCUCGGUCAGGACGUGGCCAAAGUCUCAAUGGGAUCUUCCUUUGCCGCACUCGGUGGAGACUCCCUGUUAGCGUUGCAACUGAAUGCCCGGCUUAGGGAAGAAGGACUUGAUUCAGCGCCCCGAGCCAUCCUCCAAGCACAAUCUUUAGCCUCUCUAGCCAGCAUUUGUCAACCAGCGAGUGACACCGAAAGCCGGAGGCUUAAUGAAACUAUGGAUCUGGACAGUGUUGGCACCUGGGGCGAUUCGCAGACGACUCAAUGGCAGGCAGCUGCCCAGGAUGCGGGAUACAGCGUGGAACAAAUCCAACACGCCAUGCCCUGCACCCCACUCCAGGAGGGUGUGCUCUCCAGUGGACUUACUGGAGGCAGCAUUGACGGAUACCUAGCUGUUUUCAAGGUUCGGCUAGGGAAACAGAUUAACAUGGACGGAAUCCGAAAGGCUUGGAGCUCUCUGGUGUGUGAGGAGGAGAUGCUUCGGACCGCCUUUAUUCUCAACCAAGAGACCGUAUCCAAUGAGGCAUCCCAGUUGAGUCCAUUCUUGCAAAUUGUCCUCCAUCCAAGCUGUCCUGAGGUCAAGCGGGUAAUGACUCUGAGCGUGGCGCCGACAUCUAAGGCACAAUUGGAGAGGCCGGAAGCCCAUCCGUCGCUGGAUGUCGACCUUCAUCUGGGUAAUAUUCCUUUGUCAGCUCUUCUCACUGUGACCAAAGACGAGCCCGAGGAGGAAUUUACACUAGAAGUGGCCCUUCAUCACGCAUCUUAUGAUGAGGCCUACCUCAGCGCGCUACUAGGCCGUCUCUCAUCGCUAUACCGAGAUGCAGCCAAGAUUCCCACUGAUGGGCUGACAGAUUCGAGGUCGACUAUGGACAAUCGGGUUUCCUUUUCCACGUUUGUCCGGUUUCUUUAUAGCAACAAUUCCGCAGCGACGGCCCAAUUUUGGAAAGGUCAUCUCAAAGGAGCGCAGCCGGCAUCGUGGCCAGUAAAAAACGGAUUGCAGCGCUCCAUGGAUACUAUGCAAGAGCCUAUGUUUAAGUCAGUGCAGUGGAAAGGCGGACUGAGAUCAAUCGCCACGCGACUUCAUGUUACUCCGGCGGCCGUUGCACGGGCUGCAAUCGCUCUGACCGUGGCUGAGCAUGCCGAUAACUCUGACGUGGUCCUCGGGGAGGUCUCUAAUGGGCAGCCGGAUAUUCAAAGUCGAGGAAGGAUGAUAGAAGGCGUCAUUUCCGGUCCCUGCGCUACCACCCACCCAGUGCGUCUUCGAUUGAACGAUGACACAGAAGGCAGUCGGUGCUCCGUGCGAGAGCUGGUGCAACAAUCUUUCAACACGUAUUUGGCAUGUCUACCACAUCAAUAUUGCGGGUUGACUGGAAUUCGACAGCAGUGCGACCGGCCUGAGCUCUUGCCUUUCCAGGUUCUCUUUGCGUACCAGGAGGCAUUUCGAAAGAGCAACCUUUUAGCCCAAGAUGCCCCGUUUGAGAUACGUAAUGGAAAGCUGGGCCACAUGGGGUUCCCUUUAAUGGUCGCAUGCACUCGUCAAGAAGACGAUUCGGCGACUUCAUUUCACUGCAGCUAUGCUCCAGAGGUAUUGGAUAGCACCUCGGUGGAGUGGUUCCUCCAUCAUAUCACCCAAGCCUUAAAUCUCAUUGCUCAAGUUGCCCACACGGAAUCGGCUACCGCGGAGCCUGCCCGUCCAAUGCCAGCACAGAUUACCCCUAGCACCCAAGAAAUCAGCCAGCUAGACCGUUGGAGCCGAGCAGACCCCAACACACGGGAAGCUGGGGAUAGUGCGGAGUGGACCGUCGACCAAAUGUUCGAGCACAAUGCGAGAACGAUGCCAAACAAGAUCGCGCUGCAGUUCGAGGACUCAGAGUGGAUUACCUACGGCGAUCUGGACUACCGCAGUAGCCAGGCUUCCAUGGCACUGAGAAAUCGAUUAGCCACGACAGGAAAUGACAUCGGCUCCGUGAUGGUGCCGAUAUGCUACGAACGAAGCGUGGACAUGAUGAUCGCCGUACUGGCAGUUCUCAAAUCAGGUGCCGCCUAUGCGCCUCUCGACCCCAGCCAGCCAGGAGACCGACUUGCUAUGAUUGUUCGAAAGACAAAAGCCAGAGUGAUUCUGUGUGGCACCGCCCAAAAGAAUGCCAACUUGCUGGAAGCCUCUGGGGCCGUGGGCGCCGACUUGACCACGCUGGAAGAGCUAUAUGACGAGCGUUUCAUAGCCACAGCACCUGAGCCACGCCACGACCCGUCUUCGACUGCUGUCGUGCUAUUCACUUCGGGUUCCACGGGACAACCGAAGGGGGUGAUGAUCGCGCAUCGCAAUCUAAUGUCUUUCGUUGAACACAUCCAGGAGAACGCAGCUGGAACUUGGCGUAUUUGUCGUGUACCCAUUGCAUCUUACACCUUCGACGGUUCAAUGGCGGAGAUGUUAGUGCCUUUGUGCAUUGGUGGACGAGUUGGCCUUGUCCCCGAACAAAAGCUGUUGCCAUCCCUUCCACAUUGGUUAGAGAUGUUGAAAGCGACGCAUCUCGUCAUGUCUACCACGAUUGCGCGACUCUUUUGUGGUGCCUUCCGUGACCCGACAGCGAUGUCACAUCUCCGCUGUCUUUUCCUAGGUGGCGAAUCUUUCGAUAUGUCGCUGCUUAAACAUGUCCCAGACGAAUGUCACGUUUACAAUGCGUAUGGACCCACGGAGACAGUGGUUUACGUGACGCUGCAGCGGGUCCACAGAGAUGCCACACUAAGCGACAGUGGCGUCCCCAUCGGUGGCCCCGUUGGGAAGAACGCAGUGUAUCUGCUUCGACCCGAGUCGGAUAGCCGUGUACCUCUUGGGGUAGUUGGUGAGAUUUGUGUAGCUGGGGAUCAAGUGACCCAAGGGUACUUGGACCAGCCAGAUGUCACUCAGCGCCACUUCCACCCCAAUCUGGUCAAUCCGUCGCAUGGACGGAAGAUCUAUCGCACGGGAGACCUAGGACGCUAUAACUCAAGCGGCCGCAUUGAAUACCGUGGGCGUAAGGAUGCCCAGGUCAAGGUUCGCGGACAGAGAGUUGAGCUAAGUGAGAUCGAAACAAUCCUUCACGAACAUGAACUGGUUAAGGACUCCGCCGUAGUCGUCACCGACACACCCACCGGCGCCGUUUUAGUGAGCUUUUGUCUCGUGGACACAUGUCAGUUGCCGGGUGAAGAAUGGGAAGCAAUUGCAUCCAGAAUUAAAGCGCAUGCCACCUCGCGUCUCCCAUCGCAUAUGGUGCCGUCCUAUGUGAUAAAUCUGGAGGGCGAUGUUCCCCGGGUUUCCACAGGGAAGAUCGAUCGAAAGGCGCUCGAAGAGAGAGCUCGCGCCGUGAUGGCUGAGGAUGGGUCCAAACAUGAGCGGGAGUACGUCGCCCCUGUAACAGAGACGGAAACUAUCUUGUGCGAAGUAUUCGGAGAGAUUUUAUCUCGCCGGGUUGGGAUCACAGAUAGGUUUAUCGACAUUGGCAUACAUUCAGUCUUGGCCAUCAGGGCAGUAUCGAAGAUAAACCAGCGUCUUCAGUCCCGAAUAUCGUUGAUCGAUGUUUUCGACUUCCCAACGCCAUGCGCUCUUGCAAAGCGAGUGGACGAUACUACAGCUCAAGAACAAUAUUCAAUCAUUCCACGCGCUCCCCGAGACCAAGAUGCAGAACAGUCCUUUGCACAGAACCGCCUUUGGUUUUUGGAUCAACUACAUCCUGGCUCCGCGUCCUAUCUCAUGCCGCUCGGCCUCCGUAUCCAUGGUAAGCUCCAACUCGAAGCCUUCGAGCGGGCAGUGCAGGCCAUUGAGCGCAGACAUGAAACACUUCGGACAACCUUCGAAUCUCGAGAUGGCUGCCACGUUCAAGUUGUCCACCCAUUCCGACCCCAGAGCUUAAGGAUGAUUCACACUUCGCCGGAAGAUGGCGAAGAAGCGUCCCUAGCAGCGCUGAAGGAAGAACAGACGAAGCCCUUUGAUAUCCAGGUCGAGCCAGGAUGGCGAGUGGCGGUAAUCCGAUCCGGUCCGACAGAGCACAUUCUCUCUAUUGUCAUCCAUCACAUUAUCUCCGAUGGGUGGUCCAUCGGCAUAUUGCUCAAGGAGUUGGAUAUCCUCUACUCGGCUGCGGCGAGGGGCGAGUCGCUAGAUCACUGCCUCGAACCUCUGCCCAUACAAUAUCGAGACUUUUCUGUCUGGCAGAAACAAGAUGAACAGGCUGUCGAGCUUCAACGACAGCUUGACUAUUGGGUUGAAAAGCUGACUGGUAGCCAGCCAGCCCAGCUGCUGCUUGACAAGCCAAGGCCACAGGCCCUGUCUGGAAAUGCCCUCUUCAAGGAGGUGAUAGUGGAGGGUGAUCUAUACCACGCACUGUCAGACUUUUGCAAACAGUACCAAACAACCGCCUUUAUUGUCUUGCUAGCUACAUUCAGGGCAGCACAUUAUCGACUUACAGGCGCUUCCGACGCAACAAUCGGAACACCCAUUGCCAAUCGAGGCCGGACUGAGUUGGAAGGCCUGAUCGGCCUCUUCGUCAAUGUGCAGUGCAUCCGCACCCAACUGGAUGACGCUGAUACCUUUGAGGCGCUAGUCAAGCAGGUCCAGUCAACUGUCCACGAGGCCUUCGCUCACCAGGACGUACCUUUCGAGCACAUUGUUUCUACUCUCCAACCCACACGAGAUGCAUCCCGCAAUCCUCUCGUCCAAACCGCUUUCGCGGUUCACCCAAAAACGCCAGGACAAGGGAAAUUGGAUGACCUGGAGACCCAGAAUAUCUUGCUCGCACGAACAUCCCGGAUGGACUUGGAGGUGCACCUGUUUCAUGAAGACAACGUUAUCCAGGGACAAGUGACAUUCGCCCGAGACCUUUUUGUUCCAGAGACGAUCCGAGCGUUGAUAUCGACCUUCUACGCCAUUUUGGCCUGCGGUUUAAAGGAUCCCAGUUCGCUUCUGGGAUCAAUUCCUCUGAUGAAGGGUACAGCCGCAUUGCGUGAACUGGGAUUGCUCGAUAUCAAAAGAACCAAUUACCCGAGAGAUUGCAGUGUGGUCGAUGUAUUCCGCGAGCAGGCAGCCAUAAAUCCUGGAAGGACUGCAGUGUGCGACAACACCGGGCGUGUCACCUAUCGACAAUUGGAUAACGAGUCCGACAAAGUCGCUGGCUGGUUGUUGGGCCAGUCGUUCGCGCCGGAGACACUGAUAGCCGUCCUUGCGCCCCGAUCCGUGGAGACCAUUGUCGCCAUCUUGGGCAUUCUCAAGGCCAACCUGGCGUACCUUCCGCUAGAUUCCAGAACUAGUGAAGGUCGUCUGAGAAGUAUCUUCUCUUGUGUUGAGCACCGCUUGAUGGUCUUGGUAGGGUCGCAUAUCAAAAAGCCCGUGGUGCCAGAACUAGAGCAUGUACAGUUCAAGCAGAUCAGUGACCUUCUGGCAACGCAAGAUAGCGGUCUCUGCGGAGCUCGUGACUCACUGCGAGUCAGUCCGUCUGCAACUUCUCUCGCAUACAUCAUGUACACUUCGGGGUCUACCGGCAAGCCCAAGGGCGUCAUGAUUGAGCACCGGGGUAUUGUCCGGCUUGUCAAGAACUGCAACAAAGUCAGUCCUGAGCAUCUUGGAAAACCGGUCGCCCACAUGGCAAAUAUUUCUUUCGACGUAUCCACCUGGGAAAUAUAUUAUCCGCUUCUUAACGGCGGAACCGUGGUCUGUGUGGAUGCAAUGACAUCGCUGGAUUCUGCCGCCCUUGAUAGGCGCUUUCUACACGAAGAAGUGCGUGUCGCCAUGUUUACUCCCGCCUUGUUCAAAACCCAUUUGCAGCAAUCGCCUGCGACAAUCCAGAGGCUCGAUGCCCUGAUUUUAGGGGGAGAUAGGCUCGACGUUCAGGACGUAGCUGCUGCCCGGAAACUGGUUCGGGGAGAGAUUGUGAAUGGUUAUGGGCCCACAGAGAAUACAGGGGCCAGCGCCAGCUACCGCAUCCCUCCGCAGGAGCACUGUCUCAAUGGUGUACCCAUUGGGGAAGCCAUCAGCAAUUCAGGGAUCUAUGUCAUGGACCAAUGCUUACAACUUGUCCCACCGGGUGUCAUUGGAGAGCUGGUCGUCACCGGAGACGGGUUAGCCAGGGGUUACACCGAUGAGCGACGAGACGAGGAUUGCUUCCUGACCAUUGAUUUGGACGGCGAGAGCGCUCGCGCGUAUCGAACUGGAGACUACGGACGAUGGAGACCGGCGGAUGGUCAACUGGAAUACUUCGGCCGCCGCGACAACCAAGUCAAGAUUCGCGGACACCGUGUCGAGUUGGGCGAGAUCGAACAGACCAUCAUGGCCCAUGGUUCGGUCAAGGACGCCGUGACCGUUGUCCAGGAGCUCGAGGGUGAACAAUCGCAACUAGCAGUGUUCGUAACACAUAGCGGAGGAACCGACGACACCGUGGAAGAUGAGCAGGUCGAGGCUUGGAGAGAUAUAUUCGACGGGGAAACCUACGACGGCAUAGCCAAUAUGACACCCGACAGGCUGGGCCGGGAUUUCACCGGGUGGUUGUCGAUGUAUGACGGCAGCGCCAUUGACACUCUUGCGAUGGAGGAAUGGCUUGAUGAUACUGUUCAAACCCUACUGAAUGGUGGUCGCACGCGUCGCAUCCUCGAGGUCGGAACUGGAUCCGGGAUGGUCCUAUUUAACAUCGCAUCUGGGCUGGAGCAAUAUGUCGGUGUGGAGCCGGUCGAGAGGCUCGCCGCAGCAAUUCAAGAGAGAGCCAACCACCAUGAUGAGCUCAGUGGCAAGGUCAAGGUGCACGCCGGAACUGCUGACCAGAUCCUAACGCUGUGCCCAGACUUCUCCCCAAGCCUGGUUGUGGUCAAUUCGGUGGCCCAGUACUUCCCCAGCGCAGACUAUCUAUUCCAACUCGUGCAAGAUCUUCUGCAGCUUCAGGGUGUGGAGACCUUGUUCUUCGGUGACAUGCGGUCUUAUCCUCUUUACAACCAGUUCCUCAUAUCCAAGGCCUUGCACAGGGCCGGGGCACGGGCAAGUCUAAUGCAAAUCCAGCAGAUCAUGGCGGAAACUAAGGAGGCGGAAACCGAGUUGCUCGUGGACCCGGCGUUUUUCACGUCCUUGGUUUCCCGGAUGCCCGACAAGGUCGACCACGUGGAGAUCCUACCAAAGAGGAUGACUGCAACAAAUGAGCUCAGCUGCUACCGAUACGCUGCAGUUGUUCAUGUCAAAAGUGCUCGAGCUGAAUGUCGACGGGUCCACCGCGUUAAGAAUGAGGAGUGGCUCGAUUUCACGGCGCAAAAUCUGAGCCCGCUGGCCAUCACGCGUCGCCUGAAAGCCAGUCCUCUAUCGCCGGUAGCCAUUGCCAACAUUCCCCAUCGCAAGACAAUUCUAGAAAGGCACCUUGCAGACGCUUUAGCCGGUGACUCCCUGAUGGAUGAAAGUCAGGAUAAUUGGCAACUUCGACAUCGCAAUCAAGCCGCGGCAAACCCCGGGCUAACGGCGACUGAUCUCGAGAGGAUUGGCCAGCGCACAGGCUUUCAAGUCGAAAUCAGUUGGGCUCGACAACACUCGCAAGGCGGUGGUCUGGACGCCAUUUUUCAUCGGUUGCAACCCAGCCACGGCGAGGAACGAGUUCUGUUUGACUUUCCAACGGAUCAUCGAGAUCGCCUCCUUGUCUCGUUCAGUAAUCACCCGGUGCGUACACAGCUGCAUCGCAAGCUCCAAUCACACCUUAGACAUAGCCUGGAAUCGAGGAUGCCAUCGUACAUGGUGCCCAACACAAUUACUGUCUUGGAUCAGAUGCCGCUCACGGAUCGAAGCAAGGUGGACCGCGCAUUACUCUCGAGACUAGUCCAGCGGCCACAGAAAAGGUCGGUGGAAGCUACUUCGUCCGAUUCCCCAAGACCUGACGCGGUAGACAACACAAUUGAGCGUGUUGUGUGCGAGGUCUUCGGGGACAUCCUUGGAGUGAAGGUGACGCCGGCCGACAGCCUCUUCGCUCUCGGCGGACACUCGCUCCUUGUCCCACGCGCCGCAUCGCUACUGUCCAAACGACUCGAUCGCUCGGUGACCGUGCGCGAUGUCUUCGACUGUCCGACGCCGAAUGCCCUCGCCGGGCGAUUCAGGCCAACCGAUUCCGACCAACUCUCCGGCACUGACGAGACAACCUCCCUGACCGGACCGGCUCUGUCUCCUAUCACGAAACCUUUAGAGUGGCAAAGGUCGGUGGAAGCGUGGGGACUUCGUGCCGAGGAGGUGGUUGAGGCGAACCCUUGCACCCCGUUUCAAGCCGGCGUACUUUCCAAUGGCAUGGCCGCGGAGCACUCAACGAAUUCCUCAUACUUGAACAUCAUGCGGUUGGGACUAUCGGGUGAGCAAAUCGACCCUGAUAUCUUGCAACUUGCCUGGCAUGCGACUCUGCGCCAAGAGGAUAUGCUGCGCACAGCAUUUGUCCCCUAUGCCGCGGGCCCAGGUACCUCGGUCGGGACUGCCAGCGACGCCUUCUUGCAAGCAGUUCUCCAGCUGGAAUCCGGCGAGGUUCGCCGAAUUCUGAAAAUAUCUCUUCCAACCGGUCAGUCACCGUCCCCGGUGAAUGUCGACUUUGGAAAGAUCCCCGUCUCGCUGGGCUUGGUCUGGACGGGCGAUGGAAGUGGCAUGCAGGCCGAGCUCGCCAUCCACCACGCACUCUACGACGAAGCCUACAUUUCCUGGGUUCUGACACAACUCUCGCGCAAUUACCAUCGAGCCAGAAUGACGGGCAGAUCCGAUCCCGCCCCGACGGGUAGAUCUCUCGACCCUCCCCGUGUGCCAUUCUCGGCGUUUGUCUCCCAUUUACAGUCACAGGACUAUGCUGGCACGAGUUCCUUCUGGAAGGACUACUUGCACGGCGCUCCCGUGGCAUCAUUGCCGAUUCCCGGGGGUCUUGAGAUGAGUCGCUCGGCCUCCCGAGGCGUCCGGGACUGUCGUUCCGCCGACUGGACCGGGGACCUUCGCGCGCUAGCCGGGCAGCAAGGAGUGACUGCCGCCGCGAUUGCCCGGGCCGCUGUGGCCCUCGUCGUUGCCGAACAUAGCGGUGAGGACGAAGCAGUUCUUGGGGAGGUGUCAAGCGGACGAUCCCUCAUGGAUGCCUCCGGAUUCGUGGCCGGGCCCUGCAUCGCAACUCACCCCGUUCGCAUUCAGUUGCAGAGCCGGAGGUCGUCGGGCAUCGGAAAACGCGCGUCCUUGGAAGAGCUCGCUAAGCAUGCCCUGGACUCCUAUCUCGAAACCCUGCCAAACCAGCAUCUCGGUCUGUCAUCCAUUCGCCGACAGACACGUACUCCGGAUCUCCUCCCGUUCCAGGUCCUCUUUGUGUAUCAGCAGCCGCUAGGUCUCGCGACUACACAGGAGCAAGAUGGCAACUACUUCACCGUCGAAGACGGCAAGCCGGGUCAGUCGGAAUUCCCUCUGGCGAUCGAAGCCUGCUGCAUGCCGAACGGCGGACACCUGCGCCUGCGCUGCACGUUUGAUCCCGUUGUCAUGCCCGCCAAAGAUGUUGUCCAACUGCUCGAUCACGUCACACGGGUGCUUGGCGCCAUGAACCACCAGGCGACCUCCCCGGCACGGUUGGCCGUGAACCCCGACGAGAUGGCUCUGCUACAUCAGUUGGCGAUCUGCCCUGACCCGCCACAGCCGCAGCAUGAGGACGACGUGUGCGCACACGACUUGAUCCACCGCCAGGCUCUCCAAACCCCCAACAAGGUCGCCAUUCAAUUUGAGAUGACUCGGUUCAUGACAUACGGCGAGCUUGACCAGCAGAGCUCCGCGCUUGCCAACUCGAUUCGAUACUUUUUGGGACCUCAGCUAGGCUCGGAGCAGCCGUUGAUUCCGAUCUUCUUCGAAAAAAGUUUCGACAUGGUGGUGGCGAUAAUGGGCGUGCUCAAAGCCGGCGCCGCCUAUGUGCCUCUCAAUGCCAGCCAUCCAGAAGCCAGACUUCUAUCCGUCUGUCAAUCCACCAACGCUAAGCUGAUGCUCUGGGAUGGCCUUUCAGGGACUAAGACCCUCCGCACCGUGGCCCGGACCGUGCAAGCAUCGCUCUACACAAUGAACGACCUGCCUCGUGCCCCGAGCGAGGCCCGUUUGCCGCCCAUGAAGCAGUCUUCCUCCUCCAUAGCAUACGUGAUCUACACCUCGGGAUCCACAGGCACCCCGAAAGGGGUUAUGGUGACGCAUGGCAAUCUUUAUGUUGUCAUGACGUCAAGGCGCGGGGUUGGCUUUGUCGCCUGGACUGACAAUCGACUCCAGUUGUCGGCGUACACCUUCGAUGCCGCCGCCUGUGACCUCUUUGGUCCUCUAGCCAUCGGGGGUCGAAUUUCAAUGGUACGACAGGAAAAGACCUGGGCGGGACUUGUGGAAUGGGCGGACCUUCUCGCCGUGAAUGCUUUGUUGACGACACCGUCGGUAGCCGAUCUGCUAACACCCGGGUUGGAGCGCGGCCAAUUGGCGUGGCUGCGCACGCUGAUGCUUUGCGGCGAGCCCGUCGAUCGCAUGAUUCUCCAGAAAUGCCCACGAGAGCUGACGGUGUGGAAUCGGUACGGGCCGACGGAAACUACUAUGGACGUGAUCUCUUGCAUACUCCACGGCCCCCGCACAAUCGAGGAUGUCUGUCACCGCCCGUUUGUUCCCAUAGGGCGUCCAGCACGCGAUAAUCGUGUCUACCUCUUGCGACCCCAGACAGCGGACCUCGUGCCAAUCGGAGUCCCAGGGGAGAUUUGCAUCGCGGGGCCACAGGUGAGCGAGGGAUACCGGGGACAAGACGACCUAACAGUGGCUCGGUUCCCGGCGGACCCGUUUGUUGAGGGAGCGAAGAUGUAUCGUACCGGCGAUUGGGGCCGGAUGCAUGCCGACGGAAUGAUCGAGUUUCUCGGACGUAUCGAUCACCAGGUCAAGCUCCACGGCCUGCGUAUGGAGCUGGGGGAGAUUGAAUUUGCCGCGAGGACAUGUCCCGGGGUGAAGGCCUGCGUUGUGGUGAAGGUGGAAUGUCAGGGAAGCCAGGCAUUGGUAGCGUGUGUGGAGGCAGUGGUCGUGGGGAAGAGGGAAAUGGUGACGCAAGAAACCGUCCGCAAUCACAUCGCCGAGCGCGUGCCGGACUACAUGGUGCCCGCCCAUAUUCACAUCCAGACGACGCCCUUCCCUCGCACCGCCAGCGACAAGCUCGACCGGCGCCAGAUCGGGGACCAAGCAACACAGAUUGCGACCCACCGUGCCCCUACGGUCCCAUCCUCACGAUGUCGCCCACAGCCGGGUUCGCUCGAGGAGCGAAUUGCCUCGUGCUGGUCCCGAAACCUGGCCCUGGGCAAGGAUGAAGUUGAUAUUACGGCGUCGUUUGCACGCCUUGGCGGCGACUCCAUCCGUGCCAUCAGUCUGCUGGCGCUCCUCCGCCGCGAAGGGCUCCAGCUCAACAUGGCGGACUUUCGGCCCUCGGCGACCAUCAAGGCGCAGGCGGCCCGGAUGCGCCAGGAAUCCCGCCACGGGGACGCCCCCAGGUACAUGCAAGUCGUCGCUCGCCCGGACAGCCAGGCCACCAUGGUUUGGAUUCAUCCGGGAUUCGGUCAAUCGAGCGUAUUCGAGGGCAUGGUGCCGGCUCUGGACCCCCGAUUCAACGUGGUCUUGGUCUCCGAUCCUUUCUUCGGCACGCCCGAAUGUCCGCAAACUCUCCGCGACUGGGCAGCGCACUAUUUGCAGGACCUCGAGCCCCAACUGACCCGCGGUCAGCCGCUGGUUCUGGCCGGGUACUCAUUCGGGGGUCUCCUGGCGAUUGAGAUGGCAACUCUCUGGCAAGAAAGAUAUGGUGCCCCUCCGUCGUCCAUCAUCAUUGCCGACACUCGACCGUACCGGCCUGACACGCUCUUUUUCCGCAAUUCACAGGAGCGCCAGGAGUCCGAAGAGGCCGCGUUGAACCGAUUCGGAAGCGGUGAAACGCACAUGAUCCAGGAGCAUUUCGGCAAACAGGAACGUGUAUGGACUCAAUCCCGCUGCCCUCCCGUGUAUGGCGGCCGCAGUCUGUUCCUCGCCUCGACGGAGUCUCACGAGGAAGGCGUGGUCACUUGGUGGCAAAGCCAGUGUCCGCGCAUCGACGUGCGCGACCUGGACUGUUCGCACGGGGCGAUUUUCGAACCAGAGAUGACCAGUCGCGUGAGUGCAGUUAUCAAUGAGCAUUGCGAUCUC